ACGAUAUAGUUACUAAUAAUAGUUAUUAGUACUCUGUUGUAGUUAUCAGGCUGUGAGUUUUACAGCACACAUGUUUUCUGAUAUGGAUUUAAUCAGAACUAUUGAUGAUGAUGUUGAAGUGCCAGACGAGCCGGAUUCAGCGUCGGACGAUGAAGAUGAUCAGCCCAUCGUGUUGAGCAAGGAGAAGCGCGCGCUGAAGGGCCGCACAGGAGACUUCAGUGCUGGUUUCGAGUUUGGCGAGCGGGACGGCCUGUACAGCGGAGACUGGGCGAUGGAUGACGUGAUGGCUCAGCUGAAGAAGAGGAAAGCGGCCACGACUCUGGACGAGAAGAUCGAGAAAGUGCGGAAAAAGCGCAAAAUUGAGGAGAAAACUCAAAAAAACAAGAAAACAGAAGCUCCAGCCUCUAAACCACAGCAAGAUGAUGAUGAAGAUGAUGAUGAUGAUGAAGAAGAAGAGAACGAUAAAGAAGAGGAUGAAAAUGACAAUAACAAUAAAGAAUCUGCUGGAGAUGAUGAUGAUGAUGAGGUGGAGGAAGACGAGUUCUCCUCGGGUGAUGAAGAGGUGCUGAAAAAAGCCGACACUGUGAGAGAAAAACAGAAGAAGGGCAAGAGGAAAAUCCCUGAAGCGUUUUUUGAAGAUGCUUCCCAGUAUGACGAUAAUCUCACCUUCCCGGAUAUGAAUCUAUCCAGACCCUUACUGAAGGCCAUCACUACUAUGGGCUUUAAGCAGCCCACUCCUAUUCAGAAAGCCUGCGUCCCUGUGGGGCUUCUGGGAAAAGACAUCUGUGCAUGUGCCGCCACUGGCACUGGGAAGACUGCAGCCUUCAUGUUGCCGGUUCUGGAGCGUCUGAUCUACAAGCCGAGAGAGACUCAGGUGACGCGAGUGCUGGUUCUGGUGCCGACCCGAGAGCUGGGCAUUCAGGUGCACACCGUGGCCCGUCAGCUGGCCCAGUUCACCAGCAUCAGCACGUGUCUGGCCGUGGGUGGGCUGGACCUGAAGUCUCAGGAGGCGGCGCUGAGAGCGGGUCCAGAUGUCCUGAUCGCCACACCAGGACGACUGAUCGACCACUUGCACAACACGCCGUCGUUCGAGCUCAGUCAGAUCGAGAUCCUCAUCUUAGACGAGGCCGACAGGAUGCUGGACGAGUACUUCGAGGAGCAGAUGAAGGAGAUCAUCAGGAUGUGUUCCUAUCAGAGACAGACCAUGUUGUUCUCAGCCACCAUGAGUGAGGAGGUGAAGGAUCUGGCGUCGGUGUCUCUGAAGCAGCCGGUGAGGAUCUUCGUGAACAGUAACACAGACGUGGCGCCGUAUCUCCGGCAAGAGUUUGUGAGGAUCAGACCCAACAGAGAAGGAGACCGAGAGGCUAUUGUUGCAGCUCUCCUCACCAGGACGUUUCAGGAUCACGUGAUGCUCUUCACUCAGACCAAGAAACAGGCUCAUCGCAUGCACAUUCUGCUGGGUCUGAUGGGGUUAAAGGUCGGCGAGCUUCAUGGAAACCUGUCGCAGACGCAGAGAUUGGAGAGUCUGAGGCGUUUUAAGGAUGAACAGAUUGAUAUUCUGGUGGCCACAGAUGUCGCUGCCAGAGGACUGGAUAUAGACGGGGUGAAAACUGUGAUAAACUUCACCAUGCCCAACACGGCGAAGCAUUACGUGCACAGGGUCGGCAGGACGGCCCGCGCGGGUAAAGUGGGCCGCUCCGUGUCUCUCGUGGGCGAGACUGAGAGGAAGAUGCUGAAAGAGAUCGUGAAAAAAGCCAAAACGCCCGUCAAAGCUCGUGUCAUUCCUCAAGAGGUCAUUCUGAAGUUUCGUGAUCUGAUUGAGAAGUUGGAGAAGGACGUGUACGCAGUGUUACGCUUGGAGAAGGAGGAAAAGGCAAUGGCUCAUUCAGAAGCGCAGAUCAGUUUAGCUCAGAAGAGGAUAACACAGAGCGCAGACGAGAAACAGCCGCCCAGAACCUGGUUCCAGACACACGAGGAGAGGAAGAAAGAUCGCAUGGCGAAGGUGCUACAGGAUUUUGAUUUUGCUCUGAGAGGAAAGAAAAAACGUGCAGAGUUCCUGAAACAGGGCAAGAGAAAAGAGUUAACGGCUGAGGAGAGAGCUCAGUUCGAGGUGCUGAAGUCUCAGAUGUACGCUGAACGAGCAGCGAAACGCGAUCGCAAGCCGAAGCGAGCCAGAGUUGUUCCAGAAGACGAACCCGUUCAGAAAGCUAAAAAACCGAACAAAUCUAGGAAGAAGUCUGUGUUUGACAAGGAGCUGACGAACACCAGCAAGAAAACGCUGAAGCAGUACAGAGCGGGGCCGUCCUUCGAGGACCGAAAGAGACUCGGCCUUCCAAACAAGAAGGGAGGACGCUUCAAGUCAAAGUCCAAGUUCAGGAGAAGGUGAAUCUGUGACUGAUGGAAAACUUCAAUGGAACAUCUGCCUCUUUAUCAUUUUAUUAUCAUCCCCCCUCCAAACGCAACCUCCCAAACCCUUCCAAUAAAACUCUACAACCGAA